AAUUCCUGUCUGAAUAUUCCAACAGUUGAGGCAAGAACAAAACCACCACCAAUACCGCUCAAGACCAAAGUCUUCGGCUUUCUCUUCCCAUUCGAUACCAAGCAUCGAAAGGAGGUGAAAGAUAGAGACCCAUUAAUGUUUCUUCUUAAUUUACAUACACAAAUAUAAACAAAUACUACACACACAAGCAUACAUAUAGAGAGAGAGAUUGAGUGAUUGAGAGAUGGGGUUGAUGGGUGGUGAGGAAAAUGGGAAGGGAGAGGGGGUGGUAGAGAUUCAUAUGGGAAGCAAAAACAAGUACAGGAGGAUGGAUUCUGAAGGCACAGAGGAGGAUGUGGCAUUGUCCAAUGAAGGCAUAGCAAAAAAGAAUUAUAACACCAAGAAAUUUGUCUUUGUCUGCGCCAUCUUUGCUUCCCUCAAUUCCGUGCUUCUUGGAUACGACGUGGGUGUUAUGAGUGGAGCAAUUUUAUUCAUUCAGGAGGAUCUGAAGAUAACAGAGGUACAAGAAGAAGUUCUUGUUGGAAUUUUAAGCAUAAUUUCCCUUUUGGGUAGUUUAGCUGGUGGAAAAACAUCAGAUGCUAUUGGUAGAAAAUGGACAAUUGCCUUUGCAGCCAUUGUGUUUCAGACCGGUGCUGCUGUAAUGACUCUUGCUCCAAAUUUCGGAGUACUGAUGGUAGGUAGACUCUUUGCUGGAGUGGGAAUUGGCUUUGGAGUCAUGAUUGCUCCUGUAUAUAUUGCUGAGAUAUCACCUGCCAUUGCCAGAGGAUCUCUUACCUCCUUCCCUGAGAUAUUUAUAAAUCUAGGAAUCCUUCUCGGAUAUGUAUCGAACUAUGCCUUUUCAGGGCUGCCUGCACAUAUAAGCUGGAGGCUCAUGCUUGGCGUGGGAAUCCUUCCCUCAAUUUUUAUUGGGUUUGCUCUGUUUGUGAUCCCUGAAUCCCCAAGAUGGCUAGUUAUGCAGAACAGAGUUGAUGAAGCGAGAGCAGUGCUGUUGAAGACAAAUGAGAGUGAAACAGAAGCGGAAGAGAGACUAGCAGAAAUACACUAA